UCCUGAACCAUCUAGGAUUCUAGGUACGGUAUAUAUAAAUACAAAGUAAUCAAGCAGCUCAAUUCGCAUUCAGUUUGGUGGAAUAGUUCUACAAAUUAAUCGGUCCCCGUGAACAGCUGUGUGUUUGUGGUGCGUGUGUGUGAGUGUGUGUUUUAUUGGGGGAGUGGUGCGAAAUCAUAACAAAUAAACAGACUUCGACUAUGGCUAGCAACGGCAAUAAGUCAACUCCUGUUACCUCCAGCGGAACAACACAGUUUGCAUUGUUACCAAAAAUCAUCAAUGGCGGCAUUGCAGGCAUAAUCGGUGUAUCAUGCGUAUUUCCUUUGGAUCUUGUUAAAACUCGCUUGCAAAAUCAACAAGUUGGGCCUAAUGGAGAGAAAAUGUACAAUUCUAUGCUAGACUGUUUUAAGAAAACAUAUCGUGCAGAAGGAUAUUUCGGUAUGUAUCGCGGCUCCGCGGUAAACAUUUUGCUGAUUACUCCAGAGAAAGCUAUUAAAUUAGCGGCAAAUGACUUUUUCCGACAUCAUCUAACUACAUCAAACGGAACUCUGCCAAUAACGCGUCAGAUGGCUGCAGGUGGGUUAGCUGGUUUGUGUCAAAUUGUAAUAACCACUCCUAUGGAACUUCUGAAAAUUCAAAUGCAAGAUGCCGGUCGCGUUGCUGCACAAGCUAAAGCAGUAGGAAAAACUAUCCCGAAAGUGUCUGCCACUUCCAUUGCGAUGGAGCUUAUCCGCACGAAGGGAAUUACAGGAUUGUAUAAGGGAACUGGGGCAACGAUGCUCCGUGACGUUUCGUUUUCGGUUGUAUAUUUUCCGUUGUUUGCAACGCUGAAUGCACUUGGUCCGCGCCGAGAUGAUGGCAGCAACGAAGCGGUAUUCUGGUGUUCAUUUUUAAGUGGUUGUGCUGCCGGUUCCAUGGCUGCUCUGGCUGUGAACCCGUUUGAUGUAGUCAAAACGCGUCUUCAAGCAUUGAAAAAAGUUGAAGGUGAAAUGCAAUUCAACGGGGUAGCAGAUUGUAUUGGCAAAACUUUGAAGCACGAAGGAAUAACUGCAUUUUUCAAAGGAGGAUUAUGUCGUAUGAUUGUCAUUGCACCUCUAUUUGGUAUAGCACAAAUGGUGUACUUCUUGGGCGUCGCGGAAGCCAUUCUGGGUAUUAAAUCUGGUAAUAAGUAAAGCUGUAUUUAACGUCAUGUAGUGUGUUUUGGGUGUGCAUCUAUUUGUAUCGAAUUGAUGCAAAUCUCAAAGGUUUGGCUAAUUUCCUGAGAACAGAACAUUCAGUUACGAACCACAUUAUUCAUAAAACAAAAUUCAACAAUAAUGGAAAACGAUACCUAGCGUAACUACUCGUUAUCCCUGAAUGGGAUCCUUAACUCAGCAUUGAAAUUGUUGUUUGUUUUUAGCAAAAGGAUGUUUUUUAUGUUUAAACAACUUUGUUUUCAGUAUGUAAAUUACUUUUUUUUGUAAAUUACUAUAUACAUAGAUUGCAUUUUUCAGUUGAAAUUUCUGUUAUUUGUUUUUAAACGAUUUUCAUGAUUUUAUAUGUUUUGCAGUGAGCAUGAAUUUUGUUUUCUAAUAUUUGACAAAGUCAAUUAAUCGAUUUAAUUCAGACCUGCGGGGUUUGGUUAAAGAGGUAGCUCGAGUUUAACAAACGAAUGAAGCAGACUAUUAUAAGUAGCCGCAUACAGUAACGAUAUCAAGAAGAUGGAAAAUUUGUGCGAUGAGUAAUGAUAGAUACAAGCUUUGCAAAUGUGUCAAAGCUUAUAAAUGUGUUCAAUGCAUAUAAUCACAAAACUGAACCAAAUGGUCCAGACGUGGAAUUUGCUUUAAAAAUGGAUCGUAAAAAUGCAUGUCAUCUUGUCUAAACAUAGAUCCUGUUCUUUGGUUUUGUAAAUUUUUAAUUAACAAUUUCAAGUUGGAUUAAUUGAAAGCGAACGAUCUGAAAAUUCGUCGGUUAGACCAUGCAUCCAAUAAACGAAAGAAUUGGCACACUAACUAGCUGUAAA